CCAGGCAUAUGUCCAGUGUUCGAGGCUGCAGUGGAAUGCCCAGAACAAGUAGACCACUUUUGUACUGAUGACAGUAGUUGCCCCAAUAGCCUGAAGUGUUGCAACACAGGAUGUGAAUUGGACUGCGUUGGUAAGAUAGACCUCAACCAUAUUGCAUGCCAAUAAGUUUGCUCCCAUCAUUUUUGGUCUCCCUAUCUGAUUCCGUGAUCCGAUCGUAAUAAGAACGUGACUGGAUUAUUCCUUUUCGAGGAGAAUUGUAUUAUCUAAUCGUAAUUGGCUUCUUAGAAAAUUUUCACACCAUCACAGGCAAAUUUGUUGGACUCAUUCUGAGACUGUUUGUUUCUUAAGUAUAUUGAGAGUCACACCAGCAAAGGAUUCCUGCCUCCGGAUUCAUCAAGACAUUCUCACUUGACCCCCCCAUGUGUUACGACCCACGAAUACUUCCUGUAUAACUUCCUGUAUAACUAAACCGAAAACAGCAACGGUAAUUAAUUUGUGGUUUUGAGGUUUGCUUGCGUAUCCUGAACUCUAUUGUGAUUGGCCAGUACACAAUCAACAUUCGUGAAAUUUUUCUGAUGUUCACGGUUUUCUGAGUUUGACAGUAAUACCAUCCACUGACGUGAUACAACUCACUUUGACUCUAAAGACGACUACCGCGCAGGUUGUUGAAACGUCAGUCACUGUCAACAACAACAGUCCUAUUCAGGACUACGUUCACCGGGACGAUCAAACCCCACCUACUUUUGGUUCAAACCUUUCACAGUUUUACAUAUAUUUAUACUUACAACAACAAAUUAAUUUCCAUCCUUUGCAACUGUGUUUUUUGACAACAGCUUAUUACAGAUUUGGCAUGCCAACGGGUAGCUUAGUGUUACGUGCUUAAUCUUUAAGAGGACGGGUAGCUUGCAAACCAAACUGAACGCAGGGUGUCGGAACAGCAACAAGAAGAUUUAUUCAAAAAUGAACGUAGUUUCCACGAGGUAAAACUCUACUACAGCACGUAGCUCGAUAAACUCACACGGCCUCCGCCAACUUUAAUAAACACUGCUUCCGUCACACUUGACUAAACAAACUCUCUUCGCUUGGACUCGCCUACUUAUGUACUCUCACAAUAAGAUUCUAGAACUUUCUAAAUCCUAAUCAUGGAAAGAUUACAAAAUAUGCCGUUUCAGAAACGCUUACACAAGAUCCUAAAAUAAACAAACUAUGAACUCUCAUGAAGCUUCUAGAACGGUCACGCCAGUCACACAGUACAAUUUUUCGUAACAUACCCCUUUCAGAAGAAAUUUCCUAAACUUCUAAUACAACUGAAAAAGUUUUUAGCUGAUAUACAACAGGGGUAGUCCGGUGUCUCUCAAGUUACUCUUCUGCUCGACUAAGAUAAUCCGCUCCAACAUUCUCCGAUCCUUUGAUGGCUUCCACCUUGAAAUUAUAACUUUGUAGGAACAUCACCCAUCGCAUGAGUCGUGCGUUGGCAUAUUUUGCGCUGUCCAUGCACUUCAGCGGCUCGUGGUCUGUCUGCAGCACAAAAGGUACACCAUACAAAUAUAUAUAUGAAAUCUCUUGAUAACCCUUACAAUCGCUAAGCACUCCUUGAUUGUAGAAUAGUUGCACUCUGCACUUGACAAUUUCUUGCUUCCAUAACAAACCGCGAAUAAUUUCUCAUCGUGCCUUUGCAUCAAUACUGCACCAAUUUCAUUGCUGGAAGCGUCCGUCAGUAAGAAAUAGGUUUCAGCUGGAUCGGCGAGGCGUAGAAUAGGCUCACUUGUUAAGUGGGACUUGAUGGAGUGAUAGGCUUUCUUUUGUGCUUCACCCCACUCAACUUUAUUGGGUUGGCCCUCUCGUUUGAGUUCAGAUAAGUGCGCUGCGAUCGCUGCAAAGCUGGGAAUGAAAUCUCCGUUAUAUCCUGCUAGACCCAUAAAUGACCACACCUGUUUCUUUGGCUUGGCCUUGGGGCAUCUUAAAUCUUCUCCACGUUAUCCUGAUAUAGACCAAUCAUUCCUUGCUCCAAUCGAUGGCCUAGGAAAUCCACACUGUUUACUCCCAAUAGGCACUUCGUGGGUCUGAUAGCCAACCCAGCUUCUACAAGGCGCGAAAACAGCCCUCUGAGGGCUCUAAUAUGUUCUUCUCACGUGCGGGUGUGAACCAAUACAUCAUCCCAGCAGAAGUCGACAUCAUCUAAAUCUUCUAUCAAUCUCUUCAUAGCACACUUCAGCGUUGCCGCCGAGUUAAUCAUUCCAAACGGCUUCUUCAAGAACUCGUACGACCCGUCAGAUGUUACAAACGCAGUUUUCGGUAUGUCCUCAUCUGGUGUAGUUAUCUGCCAGUAUCCCUUGCUGAGGUCAAUUCUGGAAUAAAGCUGGUCUCCUCUAAGCUUCUAGAACAAAUGUUCAGCAAUUGGCAUAGACUCAGGAUCAAAUACAGUUAGUUUUAUUAUUUAAUUUCCGAUAAUCAGCACAUAGCGGUUUUUGUUGUCUUAUUUAGAGACAUACUUUAGCCCAUUAACAUUGUUUUAUUUAAAUGUAACAUAAGAUAUGUAAUUUUAUCUUUUUGAAAAAUAAAGACAAUUUAUUUUUAUUUAUUUAUUUAUUUAUUUAUUUUCUUCACUACUACAUCAGGUGACGCAUAAGGUGAACUGGACUCUCUAAUAACUCCCAUUUUGAUCAUGUCAGCAAUAUCUUUACUCAGUGAGUCUUUCAAGCUGUAAGGUACUAGGUAAGGUCUUGAUCUAUAACCGGUUCAUCUGAGGUGAAUUUAAUAUAUGCUGAACGAGGUCUGUGGUACCUGGUGCUUUAGUAAACAAAUUCGUGAAUUGUUUAGCCAGGUUCGUAAAUUCAGUCCGUUGCUCGUCCGUAAGAUUUGGUCAAGUUGCAACAUCCUCGAUUGACUCCUUGGCCACAUAUCUACCGAGCUCUAAGAAAUCAACCUCCUCUCCCUCUGCUUCAUCAACGUUAGCAGCGCAGUCGACAGCAUCGUCCGUACUUGUAGCGCCUGCUCCAAUAGCUACUGCUCCUUCAACUGUAAUCUCCUCUCGCUCAAAAUACUUUUUUAAGUAGGUUGGCUUGGUAAACUUUCUCAUUGCCUUUAACUUUCACUUUGUAGUCAUUGAGACCUACUACUGAACUAACUUCAAAGGGUAACAGGUAACAGCACGAGUUCUUUCUCUCCUGGUUAAAACUUCCUCACUUUAGACUUCCGGUCGUAAUAGUGCUUUCCUUUCUGCUGAGCUCUCUUCAAUUCACUAUGGGCGAGUUUGAGGGUAACUUCUAACUUCUCUCGCAAUUCGAAAACGUACUGACAACUGUUAUUUACUUCAGGCUCCUCAACUUCGUUCGUCCACAGCUGUUUGAGUACAGUCAUUGGUCCUCUAUCAGUUCUUCCAUAUAACAGCUCGAACAGCGAAAAACCGGUGGACUCUUGAGAGACUUCACGAUAAAGAAUACAACAGCGGGUUUAUGUGGCGAUGCCACUAUCUUGGUUGUUCACUACACAAUCUCUUAAACACAAGCUUCAUUGUUCCGUCGAACUUCUCGGUUAGACCAUUACACAUAGGAUGGCAGGGCGUGGUUGUGAUCUGCUGGAUAGUCAGCAAUCGUGUUACUUCCCACAUGCAAUCCGAGCCGAACUGUGUGCCUGGGAUUAUCUGAAGAGAUUUUAAGUGACCUAAUCGACUAAAGAUAUUUACUAACGCCUCUGCAACGGUUUCAAUGUCAAUGGUCUUCAAAGGAACAGCUUCAGGAUAGCGAUCAACAAGUGUCAGAAUGUACCUGUGCCCUUCUUUACCUGGUGGGCUGAUAGGUCUGACAAGGUCGGUGGCCACUCUUUAAAUGGUUUGUCGAUCAGAGGCAUCUUCUGUAGUGGCACCUUUGGAACCUUGCUUACGGUCUUCUGACAGACAUCACAUGAUUUGCAGAAAUGGGUCACAUCACCUUGAAUACCUGGGCAAUAAAAUGCACUCUUAAUCUUUUCAGUCGUCUUAAUACCUAAAUAACCUCCCAUUAUAGAUCCAUGAGCCACUUCCAUUAUUAGAGGUCUUAACUGCACAUGAACCAUCAGUUGCUUCACAGGCUUACCACCAUUCACAAAAGGGUGUUUAUACAUGCGGUACAAUAUCCCACCCUUUACCUCAAAAGAAAUCACAGCUUGACCCUUCACUAGUACAUCACCUCGGUCCCGGUACUUCUGCAAGCUCUCAUCUUCACUCUACAUCUAUUUAAGUUUCUGUUGAUCUGCGAUGGGGCUCUCUGGUAACUUGGUACUUUUAAAAGGCUGACUUCCCCGUCUUUCUUAGCUUGACUUGUCGUGGUUACAGCGCAUGCUUCUUGCCAAGUCUGGUCUCGUUCGUCUACAGGUCCAGCGCCUAUUAUCAGGUCGUAAACGACAUCUAGGAGACACUGCGCAAUUGCCAGUUGCCCCUUGAGAUAAGGCUCAUCAACAGCAGGGGCCUGGGUAACUUCCUCGCUGUGUUGUCAAUGAGUAGCAUAACUUUAAAAUCUAUUUCGUUUUAUCUUAUUUUGUUUUCAUUCUUUCUUUAUUGGCGGGCUGGGUACAUUUUUAAUACGCCUGAGUUCGUUUAAAAAAUAACCCCCCUCUCUUCCUUUUAAGGUAUAAAAAAGUACAAUACCUUACCUAUUUUUACCCCAACAUCAAACAAAAACAUUUAGGCGAUUUCAUACUCAACAUAAUUGACUCCUUACCCACAUCCUUACACAUCUUUAAUCAGUACAAGAGAAUGUUAUGCUCUUUUUGAAGAAUGGUUGGUAUACAAAAAAGAGUAGAGAACUCUUUUUUCACCGUUUUUAUUGUUAUCAAUCACCAUUAACCUCAUAUAGUCUUAGAGGAAUUCUAAUUUGUAACAGUUAUUGAGAUCUCAUAAGUGUCGGUCAUGAAAGCGGACAGGGUUGUGUGACAAUGUUUAACAUUAUGGCGGAGCUCUCUCGAGCGCGAAGCGCUCGCAGCGGAGCACCAUGGGUAAGAAAAUUUCGUAACCAUGCAUCCGAGCAAUUUUGGUAGUCACGAGACCGUACGUCCGCUCGACCGCCCGUCCGUCCGCACCACAGGCACACCAGUAUAAAAUAACUCAAUCAACAGGUGUGGCAACUCAAAUGCAACGCGAUAUUUCAUUUGGAAGGAAAUUGCAUGGCCGCCCGGAUUUUUAGAGAAACCAAAAGAGCUUCGCUUUUAGCCCUGGCUAAAUCUAUAUAUUACAAAAUUAUGGCGAAGCAUUUUCAACGUUUUGAAACAACACAGGGAUACUUUUAAGUUUGGAAGAAGGUCGAAACGGGGCGAUUUCUUUCGAUAAUUGGAGAUAAGUCUCGCCAAAAAGAUUGGAAUUGACGGGUUUGGCUACAGACGAGAGUUUAAACAAUUUUAUCCGUUCAGAUGUCGAGAGCCAAAGUAGACGUCAACACUUGACAAAUGCUUUUGGGGGUAUGGGUACGCUUGGAAUUGACUGAGCCUUUAUGAUGACGAUGCAACCAUCUCUCACACACAAGGAUAGCCCAACCAAAAAAACCACGCCAGGAGGGUUAUUAUGAGGGCCGACAGAACCACCUGUGCGCAAUAUAUGAGGAACACGCUAGGGCUGUUAACACUGUACAAUACGAGACGAUUCCUCAGAUUUGUUUUAUUUUUAUUAUUGUAAACAACCAAAACUGCUCUAAGCAACUAGAGGGUUACCUAACCAGUGGGGCUGAGCUCCAAAACAGGACUCUGCGGAACCAAGGCACUCUCCACGUACCACAAUCUAAGAAUUCUUCAGGAAGAAAGACUUUCCAAAUUGCUGGUGUAAGUGACUGGAACUCACUCCUUACAGAACUUAGGAAAACAACUGGUAUAGGCUCUUUUAAAUUCAAUCUUUUUAAACAAUUGAGUCUGAGACAGUGACAUUAGUAAUCAUAAAUGUACAGUGUAACUACAUGUGUACGUAGUUGGAUUUUUUUUCAGAGUGUUUUUAAUAGUAUUUACAUCUCCCUUUAUUUCCUUUAUAAUACUAAUAUCAGUGGCAUAGGUUGGUUGGUUGGAGGCUCCUUCGUGAGUGAGACAUUUCUUGCUAUUAAUGUGACUGUGUGAUACAGUUAAGGUGGCUGAACACAGUUUUGGCAGUUUGUGAGUGUAUGUCAUUUGCCAAAUCAUGGCAAGAGAAAGGUUGCAGCUCACAAGCUGAAACUUGGCAGGUGGAAAAUAUACUAAUGAAAGAUUUUGAUUGACAGGUAAAAUUUGACGUUUUCGUAGUUUCCAUGGCAACAAGAACGAUUGAAUACAACCUUAAAAUUUCACUUUUGUUCAGUUUACAUAAAAUUCGCUCAUUAGAUUUUCCUGUAAUCUUGCACACAGCUUACUGUAACUAAUCAUUACCAUUUGAAACUUAUUUGAUCAAAUUUUAACAGACGGACUUUUAGAUAAUCAAUAAUAUAAUUGUAUCGUAAUUAUUAAAUGUGUCACGAAAUUCGUCUGUUCAACCUCCAUUUUAAAGUUUUCAUUAUCUAAAAUACGAUAAAAGUAAAAAUUCUGCCAAAUAUCACAAAAUUUUAAUGAGUAGAUUUUGAGAAAUCGUCUCCUGUGUACCAUUGCCUUUUAGCCGCCAUGUAUGUUUGUCUAAUUAAAAACACGCGCGGUCACGCGAGUUACCGCUGACCGCCCGCAAAACUGUGUUCAGCCACCUUAAGCCUUAACGUGUUGCUUGUGAUGGACUGUGUGACUGCGAGAUGCGGUUCGCAAGUCCAACCUACAAAAAAUGACCUUACUCGCCAACGAAUCCUCAGUAGCUCAGAGGUAAGAGCAUCCGAUCUAGAACACGGAGGGUCGUGGGUUCGAAUCCCAUCUGGGGCUCAGAUUGUUUCUGUGUCCUCUUAUGGUUGAUUCUUUACAUCUCGCUUUAUUUCCUUUAUAAUAUUUAGUAGUUCUUAAUAUUUUUAAUUAGUCUUUUAGUAGUUCUUGAAUUAACGGUUUUUAGUAGUCUUAUCUUAGCAGUUUUUAGCGUCUUUGAAAUGUAAUUUAGAAUAAUAUUAUUAUAAAUUUAUAUCCUGGACAUCUUGUUAAGACCAGCGUUGUAUAAGGUUAAUAGAUAUCUCCAGUAUAAGUAAAGCUUUUAUUAUUAUUAUCAUCAUCGUCAUCAUCAUAGUCAUCAUCAUUAUUAUUAUUAUUAACAGCCUAACAGCAAUAUCUCCAUUUAAGGAAUAUCGAGAGAAGUCACGCGCGAGUGGCAUGCGAAAGGAGACGCUGGAGCAAGGUGCGGGGAAAGAAAAGAGAGCUCUUCGUUUCCUCCGCCCCUCGCGGCUUUGCCGCUCACUCACGCGUUCGCAACGUCCAUUGUAGUUCCACGUCUCCUUUUUCGCCCAUUUUAACCAACCCUUAACAAUUAACAAUAUUGCGGCACUCACACGUGCCUCACAAAAGAUAUCCUCACAUACGUGUGAUGCAACUACGCCCUAGAGUACGCUCCGAUAGCACCUUGUUUCAAAUUUCUAUUAGGACAUUUUUUUUUAUUCACAUGGUCUUGAGGCAUUUGUAAAUUAGCCCUCCCUUUUUUCGAAUAGGAUUCAAGAUAAUUCAUUGCUCAGCUUAGUCAGAAUUCUUAUUAUUUUAUUUUAACUAGUGCCAGACUUGGAACCAUUGAAGAUCAAGUCGACAACGACAGUUCCAGAAACUGGUAAGUGUUUGAACGGUAUUGAUAUUGCGCUUGAAACGCAUAUACCAAAAUUACGAGCUCGAGUGGGAAAAUUUCCGUCAUUUAAGUGUAAGAUAUGUAAACCCUCCGCCCUCCCAAUGUCGUUAACAGAAGCGCGUCCUUUCCUAGGAACUCAGAUUCCACGCCAGCCACUCUUUAUUUUUAUUAUUAUUAUUAUUAUUAUUAUAUUAUAUUUUAAUAUUUUAAUAUUUCAUAUUCUUGAAUCUGUAAAUAGUAAAAUUUAAUAAUUAUUGUAUUUAUCAUUGGGAUGAACAUAGAAAUUUUCUUUUUUUUUUAGUUUAUAGACAGUUGUUUACAUUUGCUCUGUUGAAAACCACCAGACCACCAAGAAGUCUUUUUUUAACUAUAGUUAUACUAAAUUUGUACUUAAUUUUCAAUUUGAGAAGAGUUUAGUAAAGUAUUAUUUAAUUAUUAUUAUUAUUACUAUUAUUAUUAUUAUUAUUACAAGUCAUACCGGUAAAAGUAAUUAUUAUAAUUAUUUUACACUACAUUAAGCUUCGAGUUUAAACCUUUAAAUAAUUUGAUCAAAAAGGGUUAGCUUUUUCGUCUUUCCUCGGUGCCGCAUAUAUAUACGACGAAGUCACCGUUCGAGGUUGUCCGCUAUAGUAAGAGGUGAUUCCGUUUGCUUUCGACAAUGUCGAAUUUAAUUUGAAACUGUCGAAUUUAGUUGCAUCUCAAAGCAGUCUCAAAUUAAAUUAGGCACAUGUGAAAAUCGACGAUUGAGCUGAGCGAACAGUGUCCAGUAUUACUAAAGAUAACGGUAGAUACGCUAUGAUACAUACCGCAUUUUUUUUUAUAUUCCUGUAAACUUUCCUUUAAAUUUACCACAUUAGGUUACUAGCUAUAUACACCACACAGGUAAAAAAGAGAGUAAAAAAGAGAUUUUUAAAAAAAGAAAAAAAAAAUAAGCUCACGAAAAAUUUGCUUGAAGGGGAUUCGAACCCGAACCCACAGAAUCAGUUAGAACUAAAAGUGAGAGCCUCUAUCCACUGGACCACCUCGAGUUUGAAAGCGGUAUAUAUUCCUUCUCUAUGGUGAUUGACAGUUUUCAAGGAUGAUUCUUUCGGUUUUAUUAUUAAUUUUCGCGUCGAAUUAAAUCUUCAACUGAUUGAAGAUAGACGUAAAGCUCACAAUAAACCCAUUAUCACUCAUUCAGGCUUAGUCCAUGCUGGGGAAAGUUUAAGAAAUUUAUGAACUAUCGAUCGCUAGGCUACCGACUGAACAGUAUGACCGUACGAUUCUCUCCCUGCUCGUAAGGUGUAUUUUCAUCAGUCGGGGAAAACAUUAACACAACAUUGUUCAUCAUUAUUGUCAUUGUUUUAGGUUAGGAUUAGCCUCCCGCAGACGUCCUUUGGGGUUCGUUCGUCACGCAUUCAUUUCUCCCCCCACGGACGUCUGCUGAACACAGCCGACAUUUAUGUUCACCAAUCCAGGCCGUUUAAAGAUUUUGUAAAACGUAACCCGAGCCGCUUGUUCAGAUUCGCACGAUCAGUGAGGCUUUUGAUCGGGUGUGCGAGAAAUUUUUAAUUACAGUGUCAAACAACUAUCAGAGAGAAGCUAUCCUGCAAAACAAUAGUAGAGAAGAAGAUCGAUGGGUUCAGUCGUAAAAAUCCCGACGGAUUUGGCAAAUCUCUUAUCUAUCAAGCUUUGCCGCUUGUUUGCAACCCAGUGCGUGGAACUACUGGACAUAUUGUUGUUGUUGUUUCGCCUCCGGUAAAUCUUAUGAAAGAUCAAGUUGUAAAGAUAGCAAAUAUUGGUAUUCCUGCUGUAACGCUCAAUGAUAUUAGCAAAGCGAAUAUGAGUGUUGUCGAGAGAGGGGCUUAUUGAUUCUUCAAAAAUUAUAACCAAUUUUCGCGUAGUGGUCCUUGGUCCGCGACCCAUGACCUUGGUGAAAUUACAUUUCGCAAAAUAAAAGGAAACGGCCUCUGUUUUCGAAGAAGGUUUUGAAAAUCUUCCCUACACACGUUUACAAGUUGUCGUUUCUUAAUACUUCGAAUACACACAGAGUUUUUAGUAAUUGUUUUCGACCGCGCUGAAAACUCCUCCGCGCUCGUGUGGGAGACUGUUGUCUGAAGUCUUUCAAAGAAAAGCAGACUAUUUUAAACUAAAAACAACUUCCCAAAAAACUGUACAGCUGACUACAGCUUUAUUGCAUCAUUUCUGGGAUUUUUUCUAAACGUUUGAGUUGUCUUAGGUAGAAGAUAGCUGUGCAAAUAAAUAAUUCACUUGAAGAAUAGAAAGACACAUCAAAGUCCAGAGCACAUUUGAUAAGCCUUGCGAUGUCGGCUGCGCUUUUUCCAAACACGAACGUGGUCCUUUCCUAGAUUAAAGCUGCAAAGAAACAAAAAAAAUCGCUUCUUACAACUUUCUUCGGAGUCUCCGCCACGCAUAGGCAUGGAGUAAAUAUACCUCUAAAAAAGCUUGUGCCGUUUCCGUUGUAUCACAGCUCGUUAUUGGCUGAUCGUGACACAAUAACUGACCGCUUAUUGGCUUAUUCAAACAAACGAAAACGUAAAUGUCGGCUGUGUUUAGCAGACGUCCGUGGGGGAGAAAUUAAUGCGUGACGAACCAACCCCAAAGGACUUCUGGGUCGAGGCUAGGUUAGGGUUGCAAACCAUUUAGCUUUUACGGUUAGAAGAGCUGCAACAUAACCUCUCUCCUCGGGAUGAAGAAAAACAAUGUGGCUGCCAAAUACAUCAUUUUAGCUUUUUAAAGUUCUCCUUUAUUAACAAAUGAUGACCAUUUAUUUCGGCAAACAAACAAUUAAAUUGAAAAAAGAUUGUACAAAAGUCUCCAGAGUAGGUCUCCUUCUCGAUUUCAACUUACAAUAUCGGUAAAUUUACGCAACUUUUAAACUUCUGGCUGAGUUUUCGUUUGGUUCUGCUUGGAAAAUGGAACAAUAAUUACUCAGGGGUAAUACAGUGUAAAGAUUUGUAGGAAAAAAAAAAAAAAAACUUGCUAAUUUAUGGCGAAAAAGGUAAUUCAAAAACGAACUAAAACAUUGAAAACGCUUUGAUCACGUGACUGAUGACGUCAUGUCCCUCUUUUGGUCAUGAAAACAAUCAUCAGGUAGAACAUUACUUUCCUGCAAAUUUUCUCUGUCGUGUGAUGAAAAGUUGACUCUCCACAGCCCUCGGCCUAGUCUCCCGACUGUUUCGCUCAUGUUCAUUACCGCGUUAACCUUUGUAAAAAUGCCGGACGUCAACUGGUUAUUUUUAAAUGCUCCACACAUCCAAAACUUCAAAUAUGCUAUUUUAUUUUAACCCAAUAAUGAAAUCUCGCCACAGCAACAAAAAAUCCUAAUUCAGCAAUGGUCACAGACUGAUGAGGUAAUCACCCUAAAUGUGACAUGAGAAGAUAUUUUGUGGCACAUGUUAUCUUCUUGUGGUCUGUUAGUCUUCUACGUAUAAAAUUGUCAAAUUUAUAAAGCUUUCAAAAAAAUUGUCUCAAAGGAUUCUGGGAUAAUUUUUAUGAUAAUUAUAAUUUACUUUUAUAAUUAUUCUUAUUACUAUUAUCAUCAUCAUCAUCAUAGCAUUUCAAUCAACAAAUUUCUAUUUUUUUAAAGAAUUUUUUUGAAAUUUAAUUUUUACAGAAAACGAACUGUGACCGUCCUGUUUGACUUUGCUCUAUCGAUCAACAUAUAUUAUACAUGUCGAUUUGGCGAGAAGGUUGUGCUAACAUUUCCACACGAUAAGGGUUAUUUUUGACUCGUUUUGACUUAUUUUUAACACAGUCUGAAAACUUUGAUGAAAACGAUAAAAUGUAAAGUAAAAGUAAAAUCCAAGCUGUUUUGAAGGAGAAAAUGCGUGCAUUUGUAAGUUUGUUUUCUUUGUAGUUACAUUACCCCGGCAUCUGUCUCCAAAACUGAUCAUGAUCUUGGCCUUAUGAUACAACUUAAAGUUACCAAAAUUUCCUAAAAUAACACUAACCUCUCUAAAGUUGUCAAACAUUUUGUCGAGGGGCGCCGGCAGCGAGUCAUCCAAUUUUUACUGAUUUUCUCACUAUUUUUCAUUUCAUCUUCUAUCUAAGACAACGCCAUUCCCACCACAAGUUUAUACAACAGGAAGCGAGGGUUUGAGCGAUUUAUUAUUAUUAUUAUUAUUAUUAUUAUAAAGUAACGUUUUUAGUGCUAUUAAUUAUUUCCUACACUCUCCUAAACCGGGGCCAUUCCCUGGUCCUGAGGUACCAGGGGCGUUUUUUUUAUUUGGUGGACAGAAACCUUCUCAGUAUGUGCGCUGUUCGUAGGACGAUGAUCUUUUGCAGCUCACGGAUGGUACUGGCUCCAGGGAUAUUUCCUGAAUUCUGGUCCAUUCCCUCUUUAAUAAGUCCCAGUGCACCAACAAUAACCGGCACAGUCUCUGUCGUCAAUCCCCACAUUCGCGUGGUUUCCAUCUUAAGAUCUUUGUAUUUUGAGAGCUUUUUAAUGACUUUCGUUGAGGUGUUUCGGUCGGAUGGAACCGAUACAUCGAUAAGUUUGCAACACCGGUUGGCUUGGUCCUUGAUCACUAUAUCAGUCUUGUUCGCUGACAGUUCCCUGUCCGCUUGUAUCUGCAUAUCCCAGAGAAUUGUGACUUCUUCACUUUCGGUAACCGUCUCGGGCUUGUGUUCAUACCAUGCACCUCUCUGGGACUUCAAUACAGUAAUGCUGGCACGCCUUCCAAUGGAUAUAUGCAGUUUCCUCAUUGUGCCUCUCUCGAUAGCUCGGGACAGCCAGAUAUGAUGUGAUCUACUGUUUCUUCGUGCUUGUAGCAUAUCCAGCACAGUGGACUGGUGCCGUCCUUCACAAUCCUUGCAAAAUAAGACUUGGUAGGGAGGCUAUGGUCCUGGGCUGCAAUUAUCAGUCCCUGUGUCUCAGCUUUCAGUGCCGUACUUCUGAGCAACUGGUUGGUUUUAUAAUCGUCAACAUCUGCUCCCUUAUUCUUUUGGGGUAUCUUCCGUGCGUGUAGUUCUCUUUCUUCCCACCGCUUCACUUCUGUAUCUUGGGCCUGUUGCUUUACCUUCUGUUUUACUCUCCCAGCAAAAUUAGUAACCCGUUCAUCUGAUGCCCUAUCGAGGUUUCGGGCCUCAAAUUUUCUUCUGAAUUUCUCUGCCUCUUUUUGAUGGAGUAAAGCUUCUUUUUGAUCCCAUAUUGAAGUACUAAUUGGAACAGAGCAUCAUCAAUGUUUCUCAGAUAUGUUUUCAACCCUACCAUAGUUGAUUCGUACGCAGUUUCUAACUUGGUCAGGCCUAUUCCUUCAAUUCUCCUGGGGAGGUACAGUCUGUCCACGUCUGCCUUCGGGUGUUGCCUUAUGUGGAUGGUAAGUAGCUUCCGUGUUUUUGUGUCCAGCCUCUUAACCUCACUCAUUUUCCAGUUCAUAAUAUUGAAACUGUAGGUGACGACGGCCACAACUAGGGUAUUGAUGGCUUCAAACCUGUUGGCAGCGUUCAGUUCACUUUUCAGCACCUAGUAUUACUCUGCGGUAGUAUCCUUCUCUCACUUUCUCCUUCAUAGCGGCAUGCUGUUAUCCGUCGCCUUCAUUUAUUCCCAAGGUUUUUGUAGACCCCCUCCUGAUCUAGUUCUCUGAUGCAUGUGUCAGUGUCAAACUGUAGGUCUGAUGUUUCCGUAAGAUUCCCUAUUUUAAAAGUUGCUUUUGCACACUUUUCCAAUCCAAAUUUCUUAACAACAGUAAGCAAGCCAGCCUGUUGGCUGUCAUUUUUCGUGUAGGUUUUCAAAUUAUCCAUGAAGAAAAGGUGAUUGACUUUUUGACCCUGGAUUUCAUAUCGGCCACCACUUUCUUGCAGAAGUGGGCUCAAAAGUGCAAGAGCAAUGCAAAAUAUGAGUGGUGACAAGGAAUCUCCUUGGAAUAUGCCACUUUUAAUAUUAAUAGGUCUUGAUGUCAGCGAUCCUCCUGAGUGAUUGAGGAGCAACGUGGACUUCCAAGGUUUAAUGGCUGCGGUGAUGAACUGUGUGACUACGGGGCAGAUCAUUUAAAUUCUCAUGCACUUCGCGAUCCAGGAAUGUGGUACACUGUCAAAAGCCUUCUUGUAGUCAGUCCAGUCUGUAGACAGGUUUUUUUUCUGGUCCUACAGUCUUCAAGUAUUAUUUUGUUAGCCAGGAGUUCGUCUUUGCAGCCAUUGCUUUCUCUCUUACAUCCCUUCUGUUCAGAUGGAAGGAGCUGAUGCGCGCUUAAAAAUGUGUAUGUUCUGUUUGCUAGGAUGGAUGUGAGUACCUUGUACAUGGUUGGGAGGCGUGUGAUAGGUCUGUAGUUUUUUUGGGUUUUUUGUUUCUUCUGUUUUUAGUAGAAGGAUCAUGAGAGAAUCGGUUAGCCAUUCCAGCAUUUCUGUUCGGUUCUCAGUGAUGUUCGUAUAUGCUUUUGCCAUAUCCUCAUGGAGGCUUUCGAGGUAUUUUAGCCAGAAGUUGGGGACUUUGUCUUUACCCGGCGAUUUCCAAUUGUUUGUUUUGUUUAUGGCACUUGUGACCUCUAGGGCAUCUAUUGCAACUCAGGGCUGGCUUUCUAAAUUCUUUAAUUUGCAUAUCCUCCAGCCUUUUCAUCCAUUUUCAUUAUGAAUAUUGUCGUUUUCCCAUGAUGUUAGCCCAGAACUCUUCAACCUCGUCGAGAGUAGGUGGUUCGGUCACAUGGAUCCUUUUCUUGCCCAAUUCACGGUAAAAUUUUUUGGCAUGAUCUUGCCUAAAGGUUUUAUUCUGCCGAAAAAAUUUAGCUCUUUUCUCAAAUCUUCUGAUUCUUUGCGCCUUUGCUUGGAUUUGCUGUUUAAAUACUUCCUUUGCGGUUGCCAAGUCUGCCGGGUUCUUUAUAACGUUUCAGCAUUUGCUUUUCUUUUCUUUCCUUGAUCUUGCCGCCCUUUUCCAUCUCCACCAGGAUAGAUAAAUCACUUCGUUUUUUUCUGAUGUUGUUCUCCAUUCAUGCUUUCCAUAAGGGCGCUUUCUUUUAUCGGGUGGUUCCCUCACUGGUCUCAGGCCAAUUUGACGCUCUGUGAUGAUCUAAGCAGUCACAUAGGUAAUCUGGUUGAUUUCAGUUAGUGUAAAUGGCUUGCUAUCUUUUUUUUUGAUUUCCGUAAUUUUGAUCCUCGUUUGCAGUGUUAAUUGCUGCCUUCACGUACAUGGAGAUCUGUUCUUACCUGUGGGAGGCUAAGCAUUGAGGCAGUAGGUUGGUUUUUCACAGUUUUUCCAUUUUGUCAGUAUGUCAGCUUUCAUCUGUUACACUUUCUCGUCUACACUUAUGCUGUUUGUAUUUUGCUGGCUAGCUGUAGGUUCACCUCCUUCUGUGAUGGUAGUGACGUUUUGGGCUUGUUCUUUAUGUGCCUCUGGUAGUUCUUCACUAGGGCCCUUUGCGUCAGUCUGCGUGACCCUUGCCUUGAUCUCAUCCAGCUCGACAUCAGUAAGCCUUGUUCUUGAUAAUUUGACAAUGACUCUUCUUACAUUAGCAAGCUUCUUUGCAUCAAGGUAUGUCCGUUUUGUGGGGUUUUGUCUUCUGCAGAUGUUAUAGGUCUCAACGGUUGUGUUUGUUUCUGAUGGACUGAUAAUGGAGGUAUAGUAUGCCGCCAUAAUUUCUUUAUACUCAUCCCGGGUCCACUUUUUUCGCGUUCGCUUAGGGGGGUUUUCCACGGUGUUGGUAGUUAUUGUUAUUAUUAUUAUUAUUAUUAUUAUUAUUAUUAUUAUUAUCCGGACGGGAUUUAGAUUUGAGAAACAGUCCGGGCCACAGCCAGAACUGGAUAUAUGAUUUCCUGUCAUCUGAUUGGCUUAUGCAAAACCAAAACAUUGCUCAAACCGCAAAAGGGCUAAGGCCGAGAGAAAUGGCGGCAAUGUCGCGUCGGAAGCUGCUCCAAAGAUACUCAUGAAAAGAUGGAAUCCUUCCGAACUAUCGUUCUCUCGACUUUAAGAACUUGCGGAAAACUCCAUCGACAAGUCGUUUCCUUUUCUUUUCUUCACUAGAAUUACGUGACACACAGAAGCUCGCGAACUAUAAGCUUCAAUCAGCAACUUUGUUUACGACUUCUUCGUACGAUGUGGGCCGCCUGAUCUUCUCAAUUCGGGAGAGCGGAGAAAAGUGAACGCUACUUUAGAGCGUGCAUAUAUACCCUAAACAAAGCGUAAUUUCGUCCUUGAUUUCCCUGAUUUCACAAGGGCUGUUGCGGAAAUGUAAAUUUUCCGACAUUCUUAUUUCAAUUGUGCACGUGGAUAGUGAAUAUUAUAUCGUCAAAUAGGUUUGCAUCGUUUUGAUGUUUCAGGUACCUUAAGCAAGUUCUUAUAACGUAUUCAGGGUGAUCCAGAUUGUAAGAAAAUCAAAUCUCACACGUGUUUUCUACGAACGACACUAACCGAAGAGGACAUAACGUCUUGUUUCACAGCUUUUCGGAAGCUUAAAAAUGCCGAGGAAGAGAGGAAGUUAAUUGAAAAUGGUACCCUUAAGUCAACUAUUUCACUGAAAAAGUAUUCUUUGAAGAAAUGUUUCGAAUGACCGAAUGGUCGGUAAACAAAAAUCCAGUACUCGAGCUUUGCGUAUUUACAACUGGCAAGUCUUGAGUGCAACGCUUGGAUAUGCUAUAGCCAAUAUUACCGCUGUGUCACUGAACUUUUGGCUGAUUAAAUUGGUGAAAGAACAAAGUUUAUUUCUUUGCAAUAAUAAAUUUACUGGAAGAAAGACAUUAAAUAUUCACCCACCAUUUGUUGUGUCAGUUGCUGUGCUGGUAAUUAAUAUUCAUAGGUCACGUGCAAUGAAAUAAAAUGUCAUCCUUAUUAGUAUUUUUUUAUAUAAAGAAUACCAAUGAGGAUGACAUUUUUGAAGUUUGACAGUGUUUUACCAGGGUUAAAACACAUGCACGUGACGGAUUUUAGCAAAGGUUAUAGGUUACUGAACUCAUGAAAUAUUAAUGAGUUUUUGAAGUUUUCUUGGAUCUGCGCCUUCUUAUAAUCGUAAAUAUUAAAGAGCUGCAUAGUCACAGUUGCAAGCAUGUAGGAGGGUUAGAUCGAGGGCCUCAAAUAAAUUAGCCUAAAUAAAAGACCUUUAAUUUUCUUUUUUGGCCAAGAGGCUGCUGGAAGUGCGGUAGAUGCGCGAGGAUUCCAAGUCCACGCUUUUUCCUUUUACCUUCGCUAUUGACUGAUAAUCGAAACCCAUAUUUCAAAAUUAACCAAGUAAAAUACAAGUUUUUUUGAAGAUAAGGUCGCGGUUUUUUUUUUUUUUCAAUGUUUUUUCUUUUUACUUUUCCAGUUGUCAUUUCAUCUAGGCCAACGCCAUGAACAUCAACAGGUGAGUGUUUAAAAGCUUUGGCUCCUGAGUGGUUUCCAUGUUUUGUUACCCUGCGAGCAGAGGCUAUACAUUUUCGGUGUAUGAGCUGGCGUGUGAAAAGUAGCCUCUGCCGACAACCGUUCAAAUCCGUCCAGAUCUGGACGAAUAAAUAAAAAAACGGGUUUUUUCUGUUCUUGACCGGUUUAGAGCAUUGCGUGAGUCUUGUGUGAGUCUUGUGUGAGUCUUGCGCAGCAGAUCAGACCUGUCGCAAUUCUUUCCCCGAAACUCGCGCCAUUUGACGACAGGCCUGACGAUUAAUUUUGCUUGCGAAUCGCGUGACGAAAUUUCGCGCAUAUAAGAUAGAAAAUUGAACGGUUGUCGGCAGAGGCUACUUUUCGAACUCCAGCUCACAAAGCGAAAAUGUAGCCUCUGCUUGCAGGGUAAUGUUUUGUUGUCGUUGUUGUUUUAUUUUGUUUUCACGCGUUGGUCACGCUCUACUUCCAAUUUUUAUACUCUGAUUGGUCAAAAUUUGACAGAUGAGUUAAUGCGGAAAAUUUAUGCACCAUCUUGAAACUUGUUUACUUUGACAGCUGAAGCUGACAGAGUUUUGUGUCAACUUAUGAUGUUACUAACUGUCUUUUUCUACUGGAUGUACAAAAUGAAAUUCAGCUGCUAUCAAGAGUCUUCUGUUAUUCAUGGCUAGUUUGUUUAUUGGUUUUCUUUUUUGAGAAAUACGUCGCUUGUCAAACUCGGAAAUCCGAUUUCGGAUGGCAUGGUUUUCGCUUUUUACCUUGCUUGAUGCGUAAGAGGGUUGAAAAGUCUUAGGUGAUUCUGGCCUUACUUGAUCGCUUUGAGGAGCUGCAUCUUGAAUGGUUAAAGCCUGAGUAAUUACUGUAUUUGAUGUUUGUUUGUUUGUUUGUUUUUUUUAUAGCUGAUUUAAUGAAGUCGAGCGUAGUUUACAGGGGCACCCAACGAGAAAAUAGUUCAAAACCACUUAAACAUAGCAUUGUUAAACGUAUUUUAGUAUUUAAACGGUAGAUAUAGGCAUAUUUUUAUCCCCUAAAAAUUUUUCAUCUGUUCGGAUUUCCUAGCUGAAAGUCUAAUGAUCCGAAAACUAUAGGGAUCAAAACUUACCUUUUCGAAAAUUCCAGCCAGAAAAAAGGCUCCCGAAAAUUCUAGGUGACCUUUUUAGGGUAAAAAUCCGUUAAAAAUAGGAAAUUAUACCAUUAUUUAGAUGUUCGAAAAUCCUAGGAGAGGCAGGCAAGCAAGAAAUUUUACAACAAAUGUUCCGAAAAUUGUAGAUCUCAAAUCGUCUCCCGAACAGAUAUUUUCCGAAAAUUGUCGUUGGGUGCCCCUGAGUUUAUGAGGCUAUUUAGUUUAUGCACCUUUGAGACAAUGAUCUGACCGAAUAAGGUUUGAUAUAAGCUUACAGAACUUUAAAAAGCCUUUAGACAUUUUCUCACCCCAAAGAGAAAGAAAACGUUCCAAAGAAUAUUUAUUUUUAAUUGUGGCUGUAAAAGAAAGCUUUGAGCGAUUUUCUUGCCUCGAGUUCAUCUUUGAAAAAAGCAAACACCUGGAAGGCGGCUUAAACAUAAACUUAAGCUUUAAGCUUGUAGACUCAGGAUUUUUAGAGACACUUUAAUACUUGUCUUCGUGAAUGAAAAUUGUUGUCUCUGUAUAUGUUUCACCGAAUUAUAUUUCUUUUCUUGACUGUCAGAAGUCUCUCUUGCAAUUUUAAUCGCUGUGCCAUUUGUUUUCAGUCGUUCAUGAACAUCGCUUGCAGGAGUACUCAAAAUGCCGCGCGUAUCAAACGCUUUUGAAGAUUACAAAUCGUCAUAAAACCACUAAAUAAAAAAAAAACAUGAUUCUUUGUUAUGUUGAAGCGUAACUCUAUAAAUGUUCAUUCAAACAGUCCCCAGGUCGCAACCUGCUGGCCGUAUAGGUGAUUUUGGAAAUUUUUUUAGCCGUUUCGCUAAAAGCCCACACGUGCUUCGAUCGUCCUGAAGAUUGAAUGAGUGUAAUUUGUAUUUCAAAGUUGUGAAAUACUGCAUUCUGUCCGAGGCCUGUAUGUUAAAAACAGCGCCUCAUAGUACUGUUUCACCUCAGAUGUGAUGUAUAAAAAGUAUAAAAGGUUGGUUUACACACCCCCAGAUUUGUUGGCAAGAUUUUGUAAAGCAAACUUGUCGAACGCAAAAAAUUCGACGGCCUGAUUUGUUUUCCAGGCCUAAUCUACUGUGUUCAAGAGCCAUAAGGGCUCUUAAAUGUGACCGAAGAUGAUUGCUAUCUUUUGGGUGUACAUAUAGAAGGCUAUCAAUUCGAUGUAAGAUUGGGUUCACUCUUGGACUGUUUGCACAUUAUUUUUCUCUAAAACUACUUUCCCUCAAAAGUCACAUGAAUGUGCUCUAAAGUUAUACAAGUUUAUUGUUUUAUUUAGAUUAAAAUUUAUCAUGGGAGCUUCGCUUUUACCCCUGGCUAAAUCUAUAUAUUAUUUUUCUCCAAUUGGACAGAAGCUAGAUGCUUACAUUUCAUCACUAUAAAAUACAUCAAAAUAAAGUAAUGAAGAUAAUUUGCCUACGUAGCUGGAAACCUCUUGUGUCACUGGCCUGCAGUUCGCAUUUCUUAUUUCGUUAUCACUUUUAAGUAACAAACAGUAGUAAACUGCUGCGCCCCCGGAAUAAUUUAUUUACUUUAAACCGUCCAUUAACUGACUUUAUGUUUUGGUCCUUUUAGGUUCAGUUUGAUUAUUGAAGAGCAAACGGUUUAGACUAUAUAUGUGUGAGAGACUUGGCAGCCAUGGUAGAUUCGAUGAUGGUCUUCCUUUCGACUUUUAAAAACCUUUUUAUAUUAUAUAUGUGUGUGUGCAUUAAGAAAAUC